UAGAUUCACAAAUGCAUUUUUUCUAAAAGAUAUCCUCUGCAGCCUAUCAGAUGUCUCCAAUUUUAGCCAAUCACAUAUGGACUACAACGACCUUACCCGCCAUAGUAACGGACUUGACAUCACGAACAAUGGCGUCUGGUGGUAGCCGCCCACCAAAUGUAAGUGAAAUAUAGCUUGUUAAUCUUAUUAAACCGAUUAUCAUACGUGAUUGAAUAUUCUUGAGAAUGGCAGGAUCCAUGUUUAGUCAUUUUAAGUGUUUCCUAGGCUAACGUUUAGCAAGCUAGCUAGUCAAUGUCUAACUUAACCUGGGCUUGCUAGCUAACAUUGAUGGAUACAGUACAGUACUGUACGAUUGAUGCAUUAGUUUGCGGUCAAGCUAGGUGGAGUGUGGCAGGUCAAAAUAAUAAAAUUGUGUGGCAGUAGCUUGGUAGUUAAGCAUUGGUAGCUAGAAAUUUGUACAGUAUAGCAGACAUCUGAAUGUUGGGAUGGCCCAUUCAGUUGAAUUUAGGAUAAUAUUCUGUCGAAUUCUGAAGCACCUUAUGUGUGUCUGUGCACUCAUGUUUAUUUGUUUGUCUGUCUGUCUAUCUUUCCCUAGGAUUCGCUGAAGUAUUUUAUUUUGAGAAGAUUACAUGAUCGAGUUGUGCGGAUCUUGGAAAGGCAACCUCUGGACCUAGAUGGUCUACAGUUUGCUUGCCAUCAGGAACAUGUUUUGUUGAGCGCUCUAGCUGAAGUAGUAGUUGUACACGAGGACAUACUCUCAGCACUCUCAGAUCUUAUUAUUGCUAUCCAGCAACAAAUGGAAAGUCGGCAGACAUUUGUGAUUCUGGAAUUUGAAAGAAGUUCUGGACGUGGCCGUCCAAGAUUUACAAUUUCAGAAGAUGCACUCACACAUCUAGUUGAAAUGGCUCUGCCUUUAAAUAUCAUUGCCAAGCUUCUGGGUGUGUCUAGAACAACAGUACACAGGCGGAUGAAAGAACUCAAUCUAUCUUUAAGGGCCUUAUACAGUAGUUGCAGUGACAAUGAAUUGGAUUAUUUGAUCACAGAAAUUAAAAACACAAUGCCAGAUGCUGGUUAUCGUGUUGUCCGAGGUGCUCUCCUUGCACAGGGACACAAAAUACAAUGGGAUAGGUUGCAUGCGUCCAUGCAUCGCGUAGAUAGUGUUGGUGUGUUCUCCAGGCUGACUGGUCUUGGAUGUGUGGUCAGAAGAACAUACAAUGUUCCUUAUCCAAAGUAUUUGGUGCACAUUGACACCAAUCACAAGCUAAUCAGGUAUAACUGAUUCAUAUCUGUAUAUCAAUUUGUCAGUUUAUUAACAUGUAAAAAAUUGUGUAGUUUGUAUUUUGUAUAACAUCACUGUAUGUCAUAUCAUCGAUAGACCAUAGUAACCAGAACAGUAUGAAUUUAACAUUGUUCUAGAAACCAUGAACCCAUUUUUCUCUGCUAAGAUGCAGAUAUUGUAUCAUGAGACCUAUGCUGUUGAAAAUGUUGUGUAUUGUGUUUAAAAGACACUUAACAGUUGUUCAUAUACUGUUAAAGCUAAUACAAUUUAUUUUAAUAAAGGUACAACUUUGUCAUCUUUGGGGGAAUAGAUGGCUACUCAAGGAAGGUUAUGUAUCUAAAGGUAGCAGACAAUAACCGCUCUGACACACACGUGGCCUUUUUCACUGAAGCUGUCAAUGAGCAUGGUUUCCCUCUGAGAGUGAGAGGAGAUCAUGGAGGAGAAAACGUGGGAGUUGCUGAACUGAUGUAUAGAGUUCGUGGAACUGAAACCAACAGCUUCAUUGCUGGAAAAAGCGUGCAUAACCAACGAAUUGAGCGCCUCUGGCGUGAUGUGUUCAUGAGUGUUACAGGUGUAUAUUACAACGCCCUGCACACUCUAGAGGAUCAAUACUUGCUCGAUAUCAGCAACAUCCUGCACAUGUUCUGCUGCCACUACGUUUUCCUGCCACGUAUCCAGGCCAGCCUGAAUGUCUUCCAUGAGGCCUGGGAUAACCAUCCCAUUAGGACAGAGCAAAACCUGACACCAAAUCAGUUGUGGCAGGUGGGCCAGGCCUUGAAUCCCGUUGCAGAUCCUCUUCCUGAGGCUAUACUUGUACCAGAAGUCGAAUGGGAGGAGAGCGUCUACAUCAGUGAGCCACACCCUGGUGUCAAUGUCCCUGUGCUGGACAGCCCACUCUCAGAUGAAGAAAUGGUGCAACUUCAAGACGCCAUUGAACCAUUACAAUACUCUGAAAGUUUUGGAGUUGACAUUUAUGUCAACACAGUCCAGUUUGUUGAGAAUUUACUUGAGGCAAGAUAAAUAUAAAA